AUGCCGAGCUCCUCGGGCUCCAGCCCAGGCCCCCAGGCCCUCGCCGCACCACACGACACCGCGGCCGGGUGUGGCCGGGCACGGCCCCGCCCAGCCCAGGCCCCGCCCGCCAUCCGCCCGGGCAGCGCCCGCCCGCCCAGCCCAGGCCCGCCUCCAUCCGCCAGCUCCAGCUCCCGGCCGGCCCAGCCCCGGCCUCCGCCACUCGCCGCCCGCCCCCGUCCCGGCCUCCCCCCCGCCAAUCCGCCCGUCCGGCUCCCGGCCCCGCCCACCCCCAAGCCCCGCCCCCCCCGCCCGGCCUCCGCCAUCGCCGCCGGCCCAGGCUCCGCCUCCACCAUCCCGCCACCCCCCGCCGGCCUCCUCGCCCCGGCCCGGAUCCGCCCCCGCCAUCGCCCCCGCCCCCUCCGACCGGCUCCGCCUCCGCCAAUCGCCUCCGGCCCGAGCCUCCAGGCCUCCGGCCAGGAUCGCCGCCCCCCACGAGGCGCGGAGCCGGCUCCGGCCGGGCAAUCGCCGCCGGCCCGGCUCCGCCUCCGCCAAUCGCCACCCGCCCCCGCGGCCUCCGCCAAUCGCCGCCGCCUCCAUCGCCAGCUCCAGCUCGCCGCCGGCCCGGCUCCGCCUCCGCCAAUCGCCGCCCGCCCCCGCCUCCGCCAAUCGCCGCCGGCCCGGCUCCGCCUCCGCCAAUCGCCGCCCGCCCCCGCCGGCCUCCGCCAAUCGCCGCCGGCCCGGCUCCGCCCCCGCCAAUCGCCGCCCGCCCCCGCCCCCCUCCGCCUCCGCCAAUCGCCGCCGGCCCGGCUCCGCCUCCGCCAAUCGCCGCCCGCCCCCGCCGGCCUCCGCCAAUCGCCGCCGGCCCGGCUCCGCCUCCGCCAAUCGCCGCCCGCCCCCGCCGGCCUCCGCCAAUCGCCGCCGGCCCGGCUCCGCCUCCGCCAAUCGCCGCCCGCCCCCGCCGGCCCGGCUCCGCCAAUCGCCGCCCGCCCCCGCCGGCCUCCGCCAAUCGCCGUGCCGCCUUCCGCCUUCACGGGGCGCACGUUCCGCCAAUCAGCGCCCUGUCCUCGCGGCGCCGCUGGCAGCGCGAUUGGUCUGGUGUCAGCGAGGCUCGCGGACUCACCGUUGUGA